AUGCCUCACUCCGUUUCGCCCGAGUCCCAAGCCCCGCCCCCUGGAUCUGCCGCAGCCAUGACCGACGCAGCAAUGCCAGGCGGCGAUAGCCAGGCGAGCCUCGAUGAGGACAUGACAAUGGCUGAGCCCAACGCAGUCCCCAGUGCGUCUGCUGGUACCGGCGACGAGGAAAAGAAAGAAGUCAAGCUCGAAGAUCUCUUUGCAGAUGUAGAAUCCGACGACGAGUUCCCGAGCUCAAAACCUCAGAAGGAGUUCUCCAGCUCUCCAGAGUUCCCUUCAUCGCCCAGAAACAAUGGCCCUUCGACCUCCAAUUCCGAUCCAGAACUCAUGCGCACUUUCUACCAGCGCCUCUUCCCAUGGCGGCAGCUCUUCCAGUGGCUCAACCACUCUCCCGUGGCCAGUAACGACUUUGGUCACCGUGAAUUCGCCUUUACACUACAGAACGACGCCUACCUGCGGUACCAGUCAUUCCCCUCUGCCGACCUGCUCCGGAAGGACGUCCUCCGCCUGUUGCCUUCGCGCUUCGAAAUCGGACCUGUCUACACUACGAACCCUCGCGACCGCAAGACGCUGAGGAACAGCAGCGCCUUCAAGCCCUUGUCAAAGGAGUUGUGCUUCGAUAUCGACUUGACGGACUACGACGAGAUCAGAACAUGUUGCGACAAGGCAAAUAUCUGCACAAAGUGCUGGCGGUUCAUGGUCAUGGCCAUCAAGGUGAUAGACGUCGCAUUGCGCGACGACUUCGGCUUCAAGCACAUCAUGUGGGUGUAUUCUGGACGAAGAGGUGCCCACGCCUGGGUGUGCGACAAGAAGGCGCGCACCAUGGAUGACCAGAAGCGCAGAGCCAUAGCCGGUUAUCUCGAGGUCAUCAAGGGCGGAAGUCAGGGCGGUAAGAAGGUCAACCUCUGGAGGCCCUUGCAUCCGCAUCUGAGUCGCUCCAUCGAUAUCCUAGCUCCUCACUUCCUAGAAGACAUUCUCGAGACACAAGAUCCCUGGGCCGAGGACUCGAGGUCGCAGCAUCUUCUCACGCUACUCGAAAACAAAACACUCGCCGACGCGCUACGAAAGAAAUGGGACUCAUCACCCAACCGGCCCAGCUCCUCCAAAUGGGCCGAUAUCGACACACUGGCCAAGAAUGUGCUGAACAACGACAAAGACAGCAAGAAACUGCGCGAUGCAAAGCAAGAUGUGGUUUUGGAGUACACAUACCCAAGAUUGGAUAUCGAGGUUUCAAAGAAGCUCAACCAUUUGCUGAAGUCACCAUUUGUGGUACAUCCCGGGACGGGGAGGGUGUGUGUGCCGAUCGACACCAAACAUCUGGAUGACUUCAACCCCCUCGAGGUCCCUACGAUACAAGGCCUCCUGUCCGAAAUCGACAGCUGGAGCAGUGGGGACGUCGAGGUCAAACAGGAGGACGGAAAGGGCCUACAAGAUUGGGAGAAGACGAGCCUGAAGCCUUAUGUUGAUUAUUUCAGGGUCUUUGUGUCUGGACUGAUGAAGGACGAGCGGGAUCCGAGGGUCAAAAGGGAAAGGGAAGAUGAAGGAAUGGAUUUCUGA